UAUUUUGUAAUACCAGUAACAAGUGAUGAACAUCAAAAUUAUUAUACUACUCAUCCAAAAUUGAAUCAUCAUCGGUUAUCAUGUUUGCAUAGUUAUUCUUUUCGUAAUUUAAUUUUUUUCUGUUCACGAAUCACCGAUUCAAAUAAAAAUUAUGAUUCCGGGCAUCAGUAUAAUUUUAUGUUAAUCGCAUCUGGGGCACUUGGAAUGCGUCGAUUUUAUUACGAGAAUCAUUGAUACGUAAUUAGAAGUACGCAUAUAGAAAUCGUAACUAUUCGAUCCGUCGAUGAACUCUACACUUUUUGUUAUCAGUCAUCGAUGACGGUUUAUUAUCCACUGCGUUCAACAGAUGAGCUCCGCAUAUUUUUCCAUUUAAAUCGAGUGUGCUCCAAAUUCCCUGCAUUUUUUCCCCAUUUAUAGUGACGAAGUUUUUCCAUUUCUCGCAUUAUAUGUGCCCGAAAACUCAGGCACGAGAGUUUGAUUCAAGCUGGAAGUUUCCUGACUCGCUAUGGCGAUAAAAAUAAUAAUUCUCUUGAGAAAAAAGUACUAUCCGGUUUUAUUUUCUAGUCUUAUGUUUGUAAGUCUUGAACAGACACGAAGUUGAAGAUUACUCCUGGUCGAAUGACCGCAGGUCUGAUAAGCGUGCAGGUGUCUAAUCAAAGAGGAAAAAGCUGGCUUACUCAAGAAUAUAUUUCACGAUUUUUCGUAUCUCCAUUCCGAUAAUAUCAUUCGUAGCCAAAUCGGCCAAACGAUUAUGUAGCCUGAAUUCGGGAGUAUUCGCAUCCUUCCCAGUUGAUGGUAUCCAUAUAGUCGGUAACGUCGAGUGGCUUUGUUGGACCAAUGCAACUUGCACAACUCCUCGAAGUUUCUGCAGCAGGUUUAGUCAUUGUCAGUGUCCAACGGGUUUCAUCUUUAACGCUGCAAUGACCGCCUGUCUUGAAGUUGCAACCGCAUACGGUGAUGAAUGCGUGGAAACGUCACAAUGCCUCGCAUAUUUGUCCAUCGGUGGCAAAUGCAUAGACGGAGUUUGCAAUUGUGACACCGGUUACCAUUAUCUGCACGGUCGAUGUUACAAAUCUUCGGCUUUUGGAGAAAAGUGUAAGACCGAUGACGACUGUUACGUCAACUGGGACUCCGAGGCUCUUUCAUGUCUCAAUGGGAUCUGCGGGUGCAGCGAAGCUUUCUAUCAACGCGAAUAUCGCACGUGUAGACGUGAGGCUAACGCCGUCGGCGCUGAGUGCACUAUAGACUUGGAUUGUAGAUUCGAUGAACGUGCACAAUGCAAUCAAACUGCGGAAUGCUAUCUGAGCUUGAAAAGUGAACCAAACAAUUUUGAGGAUGAAAUGAGUAACAUUUUAUUUCAUGAACCAAGGUUACUCCAAAAUUAUCCAUCGAAAUUACAGUCUGAUUUAACCUGUACGGCGAUCGAGGACUGUGUGAGAUAUGGACGUGCUGUAUGCACCGCGACCGGACGUUGCAUUUGCGAACGUGGUUUUGCUUUCGACUCUGACGGAGGAUAUUGCAUACCAGAGCUCGGAGAAAAGUGUGACCAGGAUUCUAAGGCUAUGGUUCCCAACUCUAAAUGUCGAGAUGGUCAUUGGAGUUGCGAGGGAGCUAGAAUCGCUUCAGCAAAUAGGCGUUUAUGUCGCAAAGCCGCGACAAAGUUCAAUCCUUCUUGUCAAUACGAUGAGCAAUGCUACGUCUACGGGCCGGAUUCUCUGUGCGUUAACAGAACGUGUGUUUGUAACGAAAAAUCUCACUACAUCGAGGACGAAAUGUUUUGCUGGUUGAAUAAAGGCGUCCGCGAAAGCUGCAGGAGCGACAAAGACUGCCACGUGCCCAAUUUCCGUUCCAAAUUAAUUUGCAGCGAAUCUAAAUGCACGUGUCCUAAGGGAACACAUUUAGAUUUGGCGGGAACAGGUUGCGCCGAUGACGUCCCUGUCCUUGGAGGACUUUGCUCGGCUGACGAAGACUGUAGGCCCUUGAGCAAUGUUCACUGUCACGAAGAAAAAUGUUCGUGCAUCGACGCUCAUUUCGAAGCAUCCGGCGCGUGCGUUGCAGGUAUAAAUGCAUCGUGUGCCACUGACUAUGAUUGCAAGACGCAAAGCUCAACGUGCAAUGAAAGCAUUUGCAUUUGUGCUGAUGGUCUUGUUUCACCAUCUCCUGAUCUUUGCGUUCCGGUUGCUGAGUUCGAUAGUGAAUGCCAGUACGAUAUCCAAUGUUCGGCGAGUAUAACGGACGCAAGAUGUUUAAAGCCGGAAGUAGCCAAGCCCGUUGCAUCGAAAUUUACUGGGGCAUCUUCGUUAAACGGCACAUGCAACUGCGCUCCCAGUCAUCAUAAAAAAUACAAAAAAUGUUAUUCCACGAGAGUUCUCGAUGAAACGUGCCAUUCAAGGGGUGAAUGUUACGUCACAUCCGACCCCGAUUCCGUACGAUGUCUGAGAGGCGUUUGCACCUGUGACUUCGAUGCAAAACGUAUUAAUUCUACUUUCUGCCAACACGAUGCAUCAGCGACGACGCUCGUCACCAUUUUGUUGAUUCCGUCGAUGCUCUUCGCGACAACUCUUAUAUCAUAAUUUAGAGGAUACAAAUUUACGAGGGCCAAAUGCAGCGUGUCGAGGAACGAAAGAAUAAUAUGGAAAACAAGUAAUAGUACACGAGAUUAGUGAAGCGAACGACCAGGCGAAAGCUGAUUGUACGCGAUCGCGGCGCAGACAAAUCGUUGAAGCGAUAAACCGAGUAUUUUCCAAGUUUUGUAUGAAGACAGAUUUAGUACGCAGGGCUCGACCUACCCUCGAUAAAUCACGGCGUUCUCUAGGUAUACAUGUCAAAGUAACCGUAUAUUCGCGUUCUCUUUUUGUACUUCUCCCGAUUUUAUGCGGUAAAUAAUGACGCGAAAAAUCGAUACGUGACGAUGUACAUUCGAGGUUCGUCAUGACGACACGAGGCUCCCACAAUCUCAUGCGAAUUUCAUGAAACUUUCUUUCGAUACCGAUUACUUGAUUCUUCCGCGGUAAUAUUUUUCUUUACCGUUGUGUAUCCCAGACGAUUCGGAACAAAAUUGUUUCUCGUAUUACUUUCACUUCCAUACCAAAUACUGUACAAACGAUUCCUCUCUUCUUUUACGAUGAAACGAUUUAAUAUGUAACUGUAAGUACUUGUAUUUAUUGAAGAUUAUCAUGCUCCUGUGAUGAUUGUCCCUUAAACAUAGGGAAACGGUAAUAAAACGUAUUUUCAGUUAAAUUUAAA